GCUUGCCUCCCCAACUCCUCAAGUAUCCAUCCAUUUAUAAGCAUCUCAAUACUUCCCCAACAUUUUCAACUUGUAAAAAUUCUAUCUUAAUACAACCCCACUUUACACCACCACCAGAGCAACAAACAUCCAUCUCUUUUCCCUAAAAAAUAGUCAUGUCAGAAUCCAAUAUCAAAUCCUACCCACCUCUAUUCCGCCCAUCAUCUCAUAACACGACCCGACAACACGACACGAAAGGCGAGCCAUUAAAAGGGGCAGGGAGCCUGGACCCCCUGCCCUUACCCUUAUUUGAUAUGCAGUGUUUGGAUGUUGAAAAAUUAGACAGGGCAUGUAGGGAAUGGGGAAUAUUUAGGUUGGAAAAUCAUGGGAUUCCAAAUAGUGUUUUGAAUCAACUACAGGAGCAUGCCAAAAGUUUAUUUCAACUUUCUUUUGAAGCCAAACAAGACCUUGCUAAUAACUGCCCUAUUAAAUAUUUUUGGGGUACUCCUGCCCUUACUACUUCAGGGGUACCUAUACCAAGAGCAACAGCUGCCCUUAAAAUGGAUUGGGUUGAAGGUCUUAAUGUUCCAUUUUCUCAACUUCAUCAUCAUCAACAUAUUCAUCAUGAUACUUUGGUUAAUGAUUUCAGGAAUUUAUUGGAAGACUACAGUAGACAUCUAACAAGAAUUGCUACAACCAUAUUUGAAGCCAUGAUUAGAAACCUUAAACUUGAUUUACAAGUACUUAAACCAUGUUUAGAUGAAUCCACUGGAUUAUUUCGAGUUUAUCGCUACCCUCGCCACAACAUUACUGAGCAUGUACAAGGUUUGCAUGAGCACACAGAUAGUUCUAUUCUCUCAAUAUUGAGCGAGGAUCAAGUGGGUGGCUUCCAAUUCUUCAAGGAUGAUCAAUGGUUCAAAGUAAAGCCUAACUCUACUACAUUGCUUGUUAAUCUUGGAGAUAUGAUGCAGGUUUUGAGUAAUGACGAGUACAAAAGUGUGAAACACAAAGUGGAACUAAACAAGAACAAGGAGAGAGUGUCAAUUUGCUACUUUGUGUUCCCAGAAGAGAACACAUUAAUACAAAGCUCAAUUUACAAGCCUUUCACUUACAAUGAUUUUCGAGCUCAAGUUCAACAAGAUAUCAAAACACACGGUUAUAAAAUUGGGCUUCAAAGCUUCAAGCUUUAACAACUCACUUUGUACCUUAAUUUAUGGAGUAUGCCCUAUUUUUAGCAAGGAUUUUGUUGUGUGUAUCAUGUAUCUAGAUCUAAUGGAUAGAUAUAGAUAUUUAUAUUUUAUCUGUUAUGAAAUAAAUGAAACACUUAUCAUUUUAGGUCGUUUCAAAAUAAAUAAAACGUUAUUUUAUUUGGUA